AUGGCGCGAGGAGUGGACGCCGAGCAGCAGCACCCCAUGGCGGAGCAGGUGAAGGAGUAUCAGGCGCGAUCCAAGCAAGCCUGGGCAACCGCAUCCUUCUUCUCCUCCACCUCCGCCUCCACGGCCGGCUCCUCGUGGGUUGAGGUGCUCCUCGUGAUAUGUGAACUUGCUUUGUAUGCUCUACUAGUGUUCGCGUGUAUUGCUUUUUAUUUCAGGUCCAUAGGAAUAGCUUUAUCCUUUACAUGUAUUUCUGCACUUCUUUAUCUGUGCAUGAGAUUAACCAAGGAAGAGAGGAAGCACAAGAAAAAUGCGGACAGUCUAGCGAUGAGGGCCUACGUUUCAUGCUGUUCGUUCUGUGAUCAGGUCCUCGAGUCGGCUGCCAGUCUCAUGCUGACCUGCCCAUUGGCCUGGGAAGUUUGGCUCUGCUUUCAUCAAACUGAUCCAAGAGCUGCUGGUGCUGGCACAACGUCGAUGACAAUCAAGGGCUGGUGGAGAAGGAGCUGGGCCCUGCGCAAGCAACCGGAUUUUCGCACACAGAUGACCAUGUCUGGGUACAUGGCCCGGAACCUUUGA